AAAUGCUUAGACAGCAAAUUCUUUGGCCCUCCUCCGCUCCAGCAUCGACAGUCACCACGAUAGCCUGUGUGAGGACGUUCCUGUGGACCCUCGGAAACCCGGGUGGGGAGUGCCCCAGACUGUAAGGAGGGACGCAGCAGCAGCAGCAGGAGAUCUCGGCGGUGUCACGUUCGGGCCCAAGAACAGACUCCGGGUGCUCCCGGCUGGGUCCGCAGGGCGCCGACAAGGGGCUGCGGGCCAGGCGAGUGGGCCGGCAUGGAGGGACUGGUCUUGCUCAACGCCCUGGCCACCCGCCUGCUGUUCGUGCUGCACUCACUGGUCGGGGUCUGGCGAGUGACUGAAGUGAAAAAGGAGCCCCGGUUCUGGCUGCUAGCGCUGCUCAACCUCCUGCUCUUCCUGGAGACUGCGCUCACCCUCAAGUUCAAGCGCGAGAGGGGCUAUAAAUGGUUUUCACCAACCAUAUUUUUAUAUCUGAUUAGCAUCGUCCCAUCAUUAUGGCUUCUUGAAAUGCAUCAUGAAACCCAGUAUUGCAGUAGUCAAUCUGAAGGAAUGUCCCACAAUAUCAGCAGCAAAGAAGACUUGAAUCAAACACUAAUAUCAAGUGAGCAAACACUAAUAUCAAGUGAGCAAACCAAUGGAGUCAUUGAGACGGCCAAAGUUUUUGUCAGUAACUUAUCUACAGUGUGUGAGAAAGUUUGGACUUUGGGACUUCAUCAGACCUUCCUGUUAAUGCUAAUAAUUGGAAGAUGGCUUCUCCCCAUUGGAGGUGGAAUCACUCGGGACCAACUCUCUCAACUUCUCCUUAUGUUUGUGGGGACAGCUGCUGACAUACUGGAAUUCACGAGUGAGACGUUGGAAGAACAAAAUGUGAGGAAUAGCCCUGCACUUGUCUACGCCAUCCUUGUUAUAUGGACCUGGAGCAUGCUGCAGUUUCCACUUGACCUGGCAGUUCAGUAUGUCGUGUGCCCCUCCACUGUGACAGCGAGGGGAUUCCCCAGCCUGUUCUUCUGCCAGUACAGUGCUGAUCUGUGGAACAUUGGCAUCAGCGUCUUCAUUCAAGAUGGCCCCUUCCUUGUCGUGCGCCUCAUACUGAUGACCCACUUUAAAGUGAUAAACCAGAUGCUGGUGUUCUUUGCAGCAAAGAAUUUCCUCGUGGUGGUGUUACAACUCUACCGCUUGGCGGUGCUGGCCUCGGGAGUGCGCACUUCUUUGCGAAAUCACUCAGAAGGCCCAGAAGGGGGUGAGCGUGUGCUCUCACCCCAGGACUGGACGGGUGAGUCUAAGGAGGCCCCAGCUGUCCCACUGCAGGCCUUACCAGUUGCCUCAUGUGACUGCCUUCCCCCUCCAUAGUUUUUUAUUCACAGCAGCAUGCAUUCUAGAAUGUUUGACUUUCUGGUUCUUCCUACAGACAAGAUCUCCUUCUUUGUCUUUUUUUUAACUUUGGCAUGUAAUAAUUUUCAAAAGAACAGCAUAAAAACCCAAGGAAAUUUCUUUUUUUCAGCUAAAUGAAUGGAAGGAACUUUAUAGUAGCUAUUGCUACAACUUCUGUGUGAUGGUAUCAGAUGUUAUAGUUGUUCAACGACUAAGUGAUUUGUCCUGAACUGUUUGAAAAGCUAUGGACAGGGUUACAGUGACAUGCCCUCAAAAGAAUUAGUGCAGACAAACAGUAUAGUGGCUAUUACCUGAAAAUACAGAAGCUUUGAACUUUGGCUCCAUUGUUAGACUAUCUCAUCUGAUCUUUUCUGCAGUGUCCCUCUGACAUAAAAAGAUGUACAUUCAGUGAAUGCAGAACAAAUGAAGGGAAGAGCACUUUCAAAAUUACCUCACUGUGGGCUGGAAACAGUGGAAUUCUCUGCCCAGCUUCCAUGUCAUAGAAAGCCCUGUUCAUUGCUGCAAAGGUCUUCCCAGGAAAAUCAUUUUUCUGGACUUAUGUGGUAUUUUGUCAUAGUGCAUAUGCUCUUAUGGAAAUUUUACUGCUUUUGGCUUGGGCACUACAAAAUUCACAGCAAGCCAUUUCGGUUACAUAUUUACUGGUUGCAAGGCAGGAAAUUCUGGUAAAAUGCUAGCAAAGCCGCAAGGUCCACUCUGAACACAAUUUGUGGUAUUUGUCAGUGAUUUUCUUAUGUGGGUUGAUGCAGGGAAGCUCCAAAGCAAUGAAUAAAGGUGUUUCAGGCCUUUUAAGUCUCCUCAUCAUUACUGGUGUGUGCCAGGAGUAGCAAACAUAGCGGUAGCUCCUCUCAACCGCCACCGCUGGAGAUGGCCUUUAGUCUCAGGGCGCAUGUCGGUGACAGAGGAUUGCAUCAGCCCUAACCAUGGCUCAGUGCCCUUGCUUAGUGGUGGGGGGUUGGAAUAUGCCACAGUAUUGUGGAAAUCAGGAAAUUCACUUUAUUUCCCUGCAUUAAGACUUCAUUUCCCCACCCUUAAAAAACAGCCGUACUUUCCUUAUAUAUACCUCCAUAAUUUCCAGAUUGAGAUGGUUCAAUUUUAAACAUAUAGUGUGAAAAUUUACUCAUCUGGAUAGCAGUAAUUAUAUGAGGCAAACAGUUAUUAAAUUAUUCUUUUUGGGUUCAAAGCAUAAUUCCUCCUAUGUUAUUCUGCUCAGGACUUCACAGGGACAUUAAAGAUAAGGCAAGGUAUAACCAUAAGUUGGGUAUAACCUCUGAACAACUAGUUGGGACAAUUGUAUUUAUAAAUCUGUGUGACAAAUGUUUGUUCAAAACAUUUGAUGAAAAAUUCUUAGAUAAAUUACGUUUUUAAACAGUUAAGUCCAUAUAUCUGAAUCAAUGUCUUCUGCAGUGCCUAUUAUCAUAUAUGCUUCUAUUUCUUUUACUUUCUGUGUUUCUGUUUUUAAGCAAUAUAAUGAAUGAAAAAUUAUACAUGAAGUUAAUGGAAUACAAUUAUAAUUUCCCCUAAUAAUUUUAUGAAAGUUAAAAUCAGAAAAAAAUUAUAUGAAGUAAAGAACUUCGCAACUUGUAAGGGCAAUGCUAUUUAAAAUGCUUAGCAUUUGAAAGCAAAAUAAUAACUGCUAUUUAUAAAAAUGCCUCAGCAGAAUCUGUUUUUAUGUUGACUUCUUUAUACUGAAUGUUUUCUUCCACAGCAUGUAUGUGCUACUUAUUAUUGCAGAUUUGCUCAUGGCAUACUUUUCAUGUUUUAAUUUUUUUCUUCCAACAAAACAAACACUGAGCUUCUAAAAAUAGAUAACGUAAAGUACAGUUUUUACGAAGAUAUUUUUAAAUGCUUCCAAAUUUGAAACUUGCCUUGGCUUCAUGAAUGAGUUUCUAGUGUUUAAAGUAUUUUGUAAUUAGCACUGUUCUGAAAGCCUGGGAAAUAGAAAGCCUGUCCGGAAACUAGCUUUAGAGUGCCAAGAAGGCAAAAGUGCCCAUGACCAUCUCAGCAACUAAUGGUGGCAAAAAUAGACACAUGCUCUGCAAGAUUUUCCAGGAAAAUUUGUUAAGGUCAGCAUUUGUUAUCCUGGUGGACAAAAGUGGCUAGUGUGGUUGUUGCUGGUGGCACAGAUGUUGUUGUUAUUUAAUCACUUGAUUAAACCUCAAUCAAAUGUUCUUUCCAGAAACACAUCAUUCCACUUGUUAGAAAACACAGUAUACAUGUUCUGAUGAUGGUGUGUACAAACACAUCUAAUAAACAUCUUUUUGGUUUUUGUACUGGAUGAGUCUUAGAGGACAUGACUUGACACACAAACAUCUCAAACUUUGUAGAAAACAAGAGGAAGGAAAAGAGUCUCACCUUCCUUCCUCCCUCCCUCCCUCCCUCCUUCCAUCCCUUCCUUCCUUCCCUCCCUUCCUCCCUGUCUCCUUGUCUCCCUCCCUCCCUGUCUCCCUUCCUUCCUUCUAUGCAGAAUGAGUAAAAGUUAGAUAGAUCUAUGUGAAAAAUCUUUCAUGACUACACAGUAGUAUGCUGGGAGGCAAUGUGAAAUUUGCCCUGGAAUUUUACCCACAACAUCUCACCCCUUUGUGCGUUGAUAAAUAGAACAUUUUACUCCGUAUAGCUCCUUGUUGGAAUUCUGGUUAGACGUUUCAAGGGCUGCCACAAGAAGAAAAAGAACAAACCAAACCAAACCAAACAAUAAUAAACCCCACCUGUUUGAUAAAUGCUAAUGCUUAGCGGAAGCAAGAGCCCUAUUAUCUAUAAAAGUAAACUUGGAAUUUGCAACUGAAUUUUGAUAAACUUUUUUGUCACUCUCUUUCUAUAUUAGCAAUGCUAAGAUUAAUAAACUGUGUAUCUGCUUAUUUUUCUAAUUUUUAUUUAAGCCAGAAUUGAUAAUAGAAGAAAAUAAAAAUUUAUAUUGACCAAUAACAUUCUUUUUUAUCUUCCAAAAUGAAGGCUACUACACAGUUUAUCCAUUGGUUCUGUUGUAAUUCUGCUAACCUUUAACAGUACUUUAGGCCUUGUAAGACCAUAAAGAUAAAGCCAAGAAAUAUCAGGAUUCACUAUUACGUUGUUAUUUAUUAGAAACAUUUCAAAGCCCUGAGCAGGCAUGCCUUAUAAGUGCACUGGGUUUCAGAGUUGAACAUUGACUCUUAUCGUUUUUGAUGUUUAAUCUCAAUGACACACCAACUCUCCUGUUAAAAGAGAGAAAGAAUUGCUGAAAUCCAGGUCUCUAUUCACCUUUGCUCUGCUCCAAAGCCAAAAAAUAGAUAUUGAAAUACAGUGCAAAGCUGUACUGAUUCAAGUGAAAAAUCAAACACUCUAAUUACAAGAAAAGAGAUGUUGCUUUUUCCCUAAUUUCAGACUCUGGUUUUUACUUAGUGGACAUUCUGAUUCUACUCUUGGAACCAUCUGAUUUGUGGUUAAAUCAGGCAGCUAGAGGAUAUUUACAGCUUCAGUCCUUCAAAUAACAUUCCAUAUGAUGGAAAUAACUCUAAACAAUGUUUGAAUAAUCAACUGUUACAGUCUUACCUUUUAUGGCUGCCCAUAUUCUGAAUCUUUCUUGUAAGAAUAUUAUAGAAAAUAUUUUCUCUGAAUUAUUUGUUAUUUUCCUAUUAAUGACUUUCGUAUUUUAUUAUAUAUAUAUUAAAUAGU